AUGAUACAAGGAGCUUAGACUGACUUCAUCUAUGUAUUUUAUUGAUAAAAUAUUGAUUAUGAUAGAUCUUAAAGAAAUAUAAAAAAAGUAAAAGGUAUUCUUAAUUAUAAGAAUUGCAUAUCUAAUGUAAGAUUCAUAUUCUACUUUUAUGAAGGUAUCGUUGAUGAAUUGAAAGGGGAAGGCAAAGAUGAACAUUACAAUAAAUUUUUUGAAAUUCUACAUAGUUCUUUAACAACAAUUAGCUCUUUUAAAUUUUUAAUUAUUUGUCACAAACUCAUCUAUUAAAUCUAGCAAGAAUUUACUAUCAGAUUUAUUUAAUAUAAACUCUUACCUGGAGAACAUACUGAUAAGUCUAGAUUAGCAAUAUACUAUUAUAAUUUUUUAUUCAAAAUAUGUGAAAACUUUGAUUAUUACAAAGAAGUAAUAGAUUUUAUUGAAACUGAAAAUAUUGUAAAGUUUUUACAAUAUGA